GUGGACUAAAGCAUGGAUAAAUGGUGACCAACAUAUAGUACAUUAAGCAGCAUUUCAAUUAAAUACAUUAAUUAACAGCCUCAUAAAGCCCAGACUGAAUUAAGUACAUCGAUGCGCCAGAAUAUUGGCCUAAUGUUUGAUAGGCUAUGAGACACAUUAUAUAUGCAGGACUUGAGAGCAUGAGCAUGGAGAAACCAGUAAUCAGAGAGAAGAAAAGUCCCUUCAGAAAGAACAAGCCGACUCAGCGCUCUGAACUGACUGAUGUACCGCAGUACACACAGAGAGAGAGGAUGGGGAUGUUAAACAUCAUCAUGCUCAUGAGUUCAGCUUCAGCAGCGACGCAGUGCAGGAGCGCAGCGCGCGCACAUAUACUGCACUAACCCACAAACCAGAUGAAGAACAGCGCACUGCAUUCUAUAUGUUAAAAUUAACCAUUGCGCUUCUCUAAUUCUCUUAACUUUUUAUAAAGAAACCGGGUCAUCACAUAAACCCGUUACUGGAGUUCCCUCAAGGCGCAAAUGAACAUUUAUUUAUGCGCUCGUGCGUCCGAGCACGCGACCGCUUUCAGUGUCCAGCACGUGCUGCUAUAAUGCGCCACUCACACUGAUGACUCGCGCGGGGAUCCUGCAUCAGCAGCAAGCCGCUUCAAUCUUGCAUCUCGGUCUCUCCCUCCUAAUUUGACCGUGUCUACCUCUUCGUAAUUUAUUUUUAAUUGUAUCAAAUUUUCUUCUUCCAUCAGUGAGGUGUUCUGCAAGAGAAUGUCCGCUGCAGAUGAUGCCAACCCAGCGGGCGCUCCUGGAGCCCCAGGUGGCCCCGGAGGAGCCGGUCCUCCUGCUCCCCCUCCAAACACCACCAGCAACCGCAGACUACAGCAGACACAAGCACAAGUGGAGGAGGUGGUGGAUAUCAUGCGUGUGAAUGUGGAUAAGGUUCUGGAGAGAGAUCAGAAGCUGUCUGAGCUAGACGACAGGGCAGACGCUCUGCAGGCCGGGGCUUCACAGUUCGAAAGCUGUGCUGCUAAACUGAAGAACAAAUACUGGUGGAAGAACUGCAAGAUGAUGAUCAUUAUGGGGGUUAUUGGAGUCCUCUUCAUUGGAAUCAUUUUCUCCCAGACUGGACCAACCCAGCAUAAGCUCAAUAAUUCAUCAUUACACUCAUUACGGUGAAUUAUUCAUUGAGGGCAGUUCUGCGUAACAGUGCAGUACACCUGUAUUUCUUCUCUUGAGCCCAUCCACCUGCAACGAACAAGAAAAAGAAUGAAGAAAACACAAUCAUGAGCUCCACCCAUUUCCCAGUUACUUCUUUUUCUUCAAUUUUGAGGUCUCUCCACUUAGACAUUUUGUCCCAUGGUGUGACAGUAGUACGUAGAUAUCUGCUCUCCUUUCUCCUGUUCCAGAAUGAACACAUUUCACAAGCUCUCUAUCUUUCAGUUUCUGUCUCCCUCUCUCUUUCUCUCCCUCUCAAAUCUUCUGCAUUAUUCAAAUGUUCUGCAGACAUUCAUACAUGAAUGCACAGAGAGCAAGAAAGAGAAAGCAGAAGAAAACAGACUAAGAAUAAGUGGGAGAAGCCAGGAAGAAAAAAUGUGGUGAUACUUGUGAAGACAAGGUAGAAGGAUGAAAAAUGGGAGGAGUACAAUACCGUUCAAAAGUUUCGGGUCAGUAAGAUUUUUUAUUUUUUUAUAAAGAAAUUAAUAUUUUUAUUUAGCAAGAAAGCAUAAAAUUGAUCGAAAGUAACAGCCAAAACAAAUAAAUGCUGUUCUUUUGAACUUUUUAUUUGUCAAAAAAUACACUGAAGACUGACGUAAUGAUGCUGAAAAUUCAGAUUUGACAUCAUAGGAAUAAAUUACAUUUU